AUUAUCCAACUUGACUGCGAAGCGCGUCUCAAAAUUCGCUUAAAUCACUUCAGUCUUAUCUAUGAGCUGAUAUUGCUAUAAAACACUGUACUUCUAACAGCAGUAUAUGUUACCUACUGACUGACGUAAACCGUACGGGAUGGGGAGUCGACAUUUGUUACAGUUCCUGAUCUUGCAUCUACUACAUUCAACUCUAGGAUUCGACGAGCUCGUCACAGUCAAUGAAGGUGUACUCAGGGGUCGAUUAUUGACCACUCCAAAAAAUGGAACAUUUAGGGCUUUCCAGGGUGUACCAUAUGCCGAACCGCCCAUCGGUUCGCUCAGAUUUCAGGCUCCAAUAAACCGUGAACCAUGGGAAGGAGUGCUGAAUGCUACACAAGAUUCAAACGUUUGUUAUGCCAUUGGCUCCAAUACGAGUUCCCAGAGCGAAGACUGCUUGUAUCUGAAUGUUUAUACGCCGAUAUUGACAAAUGACGAAGGGAGUCCAGUUCCAGUGCUGGUCUGGAUCCAUGGAGGUGGAUACACUCAUGGAAACGCACUUUAUAGUAACUUUGGUCCCGAUUUCCUCAUAGAAAAGGACAUUGUAAUUGUGACGGUGAGCUAUAGAUUGGGUCCGUUUGGGUUCUUAUCAACUGGGGACUUGACAGUUCCUGGAAAUGCUGGUCACAAAGAUCAAGCAGCAGCGAUUAAGUGGACAUUUGAAAAUAUUGCAUCAUUUGGUGGCGAUCCUGCCAAAAUUACUCUGGCAGGGCAAAGUGCUGGAGCAUCAUCUGUCGGUUACCAGCUCCUAUACAAAGGGAAUGAAGGUUUGAUUCGGGGAGCCAUCUUAGAAAGCGGAAGUCCACUAAGCAUCUGGAGUUUUCAGAACUCGUCUCAAGCCAGGCAAUAUGCCUUUGAUCUAGGAAGUCUACUAACAGACUCUACAGAGUUCGCCAACGAUUCCCAACGACUUUUGCAGUUUCUACAAGACGUCGACGCUGAAUCGUUGCAUGCCGCAUCGAAUAAUUUAACGACCCCAUUACCAGUAAAGGAGCCUGUCCAUGAUGCGGCUUUUCUAACCGAGAAUCAGUACAGUAUGUUGGAAACCGGAAAUUUUAUUCGCGUUCCGACCCUAAUCGGUACUAACUCUGAAGAAGAAAUCCAUCGAGCAGCAGAUUUGAACAAGCUUAAUAAGACGCUGUACCAGUAUGAAUCCAAUAUUGAAAAUUUUAUUCCCAGUGACUUCAUUGUGAAUGAUUCACUCAAUCGAUCGGAUAUUGCAAAGCUGAUCAGAAAUCUUUAUUUGGAUGGUGUUCCAGAAGACGAACAAAUGGGCCAUAUGGUUCGGUUUUUAAGCCAUACUACGUUUACCAAUCCCAUGAUAAAGCAUGCAAACCUGGCUUCAAACUAUACAGAUGUUUAUUUCUACGUCUUUUCCUAUGAUGGUAUCAUGGGAAAUGUUAAUGUUACAAUAAAAGGUGCUGAUAGUGUUGAUCAUGCCGAAGACCCUAGAUACUUAUUUAAAAAAGUUGACUCCAGCUAUUCCAAUGCGGAUUUGUCCAAGUUUCCUACAAGCGAUAUUCUCACCCACGACAGGCUAAUCGAGUUAUGGACAAACUUUGUUAAAUAUUUAAACCCAACUCCUGAGUUGUCUGAAUUACUGCAGAACGUUACCUGGCCGAUGUUCACCGAAAAUGAGGCAAAGUACUUGAACAUCGGAGCGCAGCUGCAAAUCCGAAACAACCCAAAGAACCCAUACUACUCCAGUUGGGUCGAAUUUUACGAGACAUGGGCGACUAAACCUUUUACUACAUUUUAAUGAAGUAAAGCUUCUUUUGUUGCGUCUGGUACUUUGGAUUGGCCAUAAACUAUCACUUGAAAAAAUAA